AUGACUUCUUCAGCCACCCUUCCCCGCCUCACUGUGCCGCCUCACACUGCACAACAAAUCGCCACAGACAGCGAAGAGCACAGCAAGAAUGACCUACGUGAAUCAAGUCGUCAUCGUCUGCUCAAUCUGAAUAACAGUAACAACAAUGAAGAAAAGGAGAAGGCAGAGAAGGAGAAAGAAGAGGAAAAAGAGAAAGAAAAGGAGAAAGAGAAAGAAAAGGAAAAGGAGAAAGAGAAAGAGAAAGAGAAAGAAAAGGACAAAGAUAAGCCCAAAGAAUUGUUUGUGAUCAAUCCUGCUGGGAAUCUGUAUUACAACUGGCUGUUUGUCAUCACAAUACCAGUCAUGUACAACUGGACCAUGAUUAUUGCCAGGGCUUGCUUUGAGGAGCUGCAGCAUAACUACAUGAUUUACUGGAUGGUGUUGGACUACACCUCAGAUGUAAUCUACCUGGCUGAUAUGCUUUUCAGGACCAGAACAGGUUACCUCGAGCAAGGUCUGAUAGUGAAAGACGAGAAGCUGCUACGGGAACGCUACGUCAGCAGCUUCCAGUUUCGUCUCGAUGUGUUCUCCAUGUUGCCCACUGACAUCUUCUAUUUCGUCCUCGGCCUCGACUACCCAGAGAUCCGCCUCAACAAGCUGCUGAGAAUUGGCCGCUUGAUGGAGUUCUUCACGAGGACGGAGACUAAAACCAACUACCCUAACAUCUUCCGCAUUGGUAACUUGAUCAUGUACAUCCUUAUUAUCAUCCACUGGAAUGCUUGUUUCUACUUCUCCUUCUCCAAGUUUAUUGGUUUUGGGGCCGAUGACUGGGUUUACCCGGCUCUGGAUGAUCCUGAUGAACCUGACUUUGGGCUGCCCAUGAGGAAGUACUCGUUCAGCCUCUACUGGUCCACAUUGACCCUGACCACCAUCGGCGAAACACCACCACCAGCCCUGGACUCUGAGUUUCUCUUCCAUGUGGUCGACUUCUUAGUCGGAGUCUUGAUCUUUGCCACAAUUGUAGGAAACAUUGCCACCAUGAUCUCCAACAUGAAUGCUGCCCAAGCCCAGUUUCAAGCCCGAAUCGACAACAUCAAGCAGUACAUGCAGGUUCGAAAAGUCAGCAAGGAACUUGAGUUGCGAGUCAUCACUUGGUUUGACUAUCUGUGGAAUAAUGGAAAGGCGCAGGAUGAAAGAGAGGUGCUGAGGUAUCUUCCAGACAAGCUAAAGGCUGAAAUCGCCAUUCAGGUCCACAUGGAGACUCUAAAAAAGGUUCGUAUUUUUGCAGACUGUGAGGCAGGCCUGCUGAUCGAGCUGGUGCUCAAGCUGCGGCCUCAAGUCUUCAGCCCUGGAGACUACAUCUGCAAGAAGGGCGACAUUGGCCGUGAGAUGUAUAUUAUCAAAGAUGGAAAACUUGCAGUUGUUGCUGAUGAUGGUGUCACACAAUUUGUUGUGCUGGGAAGUGGCAGCUACUUUGGUGAGAUCAGUAUUCUCAACAUUAAAGGCAGCAAGGCAGGGAACAGGCGGACAGCAAACAUCCGUAGCAUUGGAUAUUCAGACCUCUUCUGCCUGUCCAAGGAUGACCUGAUGGAGUCACUGACAGAGUACCCGGAUGCUAAAGGCAUGCUAGAGGAAAAAGGCCGGCAGAUCCUAAUGAAAGAUGGUCUGAUAGAGUUGGACCCAUCUAAAAUCUUGCCUGAGGUACAGGAGCUGGAGGAGCAGGUGAACAGACUAUAUAAUACAAUGGAUCUGAUGCAGACCAAGCUGAAGAAAAUUCUGGGAAAUUACAAGAAUGCUGACAAGGCUCUGAGACACCGCAUCACGGAUCUGGAGCGCCUGACAGGAGAAGAGGUAGAGGAGGAGGAUGAAGAGGAAGAAGAGGUGAAAAAGGAAGAGGAAAAGGUGGAAGAGGGGGAAGAAGAUGGGGAGAAAAAGGAAGACGAGGAAAAGGGUGAAGAAGAAAAAGAAGAGGAAGAGAAAAAAUAAGCCUAAAGCUCCUGUAAAAUACCAAGCACUUUUCUAUGUAGCCACAAUAGAAUAUUUCCCACAAAGAUAUCUUUCUUACGGGAGUUGCUUCUUAAAUAGAUCACUUAUACUUAAAAACUGCAAAAGACAAAAAUAACAAACACUAG